CUUUGGAAUAUCAAUCAACCACAGUUACCAAAGGAGUCAACAAUAUUCAAUCAGUUAACGACAUUGACUCUAUGUCAUCUAUUCAAUGAUGAACUCAACUCCAUCACGUGCUUUCCAACAUCACUUCGAACAUUGGUGUUUGGUGAUCGAUACAACACACCAAUCAGAGCAGGAGUGUUACCUUCAACGAUGAUCAACUUGACAUUUGGAGCAGACUAUGAUCAAUACAUUGAUAAAGGAGUACUACCAGAAUCAUUACAAACCAUUGUGUUUGGUUCAAACUUCAAUCAACCAAUCACUCUACAACCAACUAUAAUCAAUCGUCUUGUAAAGUUCCUUGGUAAUCAGUCAGAAACAACAAAUAGUACUCAGCAUAGACUACUCCCAGCCUCGAUCACCUCAAUAACAUUUGGUGAUUGUUACAAUCAACCCUUUGAACCAACAUCACUGCCUCCACAGUUGACCGCACUAUCAUUCGGAAGGGACUUUAACCAACCCAUUAGAGGCCCACUUCCAACAUCACUGCACAAGCUUACAUUCGGAGCACUAUUCAAUCAAACAAUACCCGAUGGAACAAUAGAUUCAUUGACAGAACUAAGAUUAAGCAAUGAUAUCUCACCUCACUCAUUCACUAUCAACGCUCUUAUACCCUCAAUCCUAUUAUUCAUGGCACCAGACAACUCGAUCAAGUCACUUGGCUCACUAGGUCACUCACUGACACGACUAAGUCUCGGUCACCAUUUCAACGAACCACUCGUUCCAGGUUAUCUCCCAACGACACUCAUCCAGUUGGAGUUUGGAUAUUGCUUCAAUCAAACACUACUACCAGAGUCACUACCAAAUGCAAUCCAGACACUAAAGUUUGGAUAUCUGUUCGAUCAAGACAUCACUCUACUACUACCUCGUUCCCUUCAAUCACUGACAUUGGGAGGAUGUUUCAACAGACCAAUAUCACCUGGAUCCCUGCCAUCAAUCACAUCACUUGAGUUGAGCAAUUCAUUCAAUCAUGUACUGAGUGUUGGCUCGUUACCCAGAUCACUGAUCAAACUCAACCUUGGUUUCGAAUACAAUCAUGUGUUACAACAUGGUGUAUUGCCAUCGAAUCUCACCGACUUGACAUAUUACCAAUUCAAUCAACAAAUCACACCAGGUCUCCUACCGACCUCACUAAGGUCUCUACGGUUUGGGCAAGGAUUCAACAGCUUGAUCGAACCAGCGUCAUUGCCAGAGUCGUUAACUGAACUUGACUUGGGAUCACAGUAUGACCUGCCAUUGGAGGAAGGUGCCAUUCCAGAAUCAAUCAACUAUCUUGGAUUUGGCAUUCAUGAACAUAACCCGAUAUCAUUAGGUAUUCAUCAUUUUCCCAACUUGACACGGGUGUCAGUGCCAUCAAUGUACUUUGUCUAUGAAGUAGCAUUACCAACAACAAUUAACAACAUUAGGAUAAGGGAUUGUGGAUCAUACCUCACAAUCAACAGGAUUUUGGACACGAAGCUUAGCUCUAUACACUUGUCAACAGUGGACACCCGUAUCAAUUAUAAGCAAUAUGGUUCAAUGAUAAGUGGGUAUUUGAUCAACAUUGGAACGAUACACAUCCAGAGUGUACAUCAACGUCACGAUCAUCCAGAGAGUUUCAACAAGCUCUCAAUGCGUCGCAACAGGAUGUUCAAAGUGCAUCACUACAAUCGAUCCAAGGGUGUAUUCAAGCUGCUUGUCACUGCAGAG